UGUCUUGACUGGAAAGGGCGAGAAGUCCGACAGCACCCAAAGGCACCACGCUUCCUGUCUGCGCAGUAACCGGACGAGCCGCCGGAUCGGGCCGCGCAUCCAGUCCGGCGCACCUCGCGACCGGCGCACCUCGCACGUGUAGCUGCCGGUCGGACGCAGAGCCGCUUGGACCCGUUCGCGUCUCCGUCUCCUCGAACGUGAACGCGAGCGCGCGACGCGCGCCGGCCGGAGGACACGAGUAGACCCGCGAGACGCGCCGCGCCCCUCCGCCCUCCUCCUCCUCCUCCUCCUCCUCCUCCGGUAUCGCGUUUUUGUUUUGUUUUACCUCAAUGGCGGACCCAACGGAACCAGCACCGGGAAGCGCCGCGGACGGGAAGACGGACGAUAUCGACGAGGCGGACUUGGCGCUGAAAGGGAUCAAUAUGCUCCUCAACAACGGAUUCAAAGAGAGCGACGAGCUCUUCAGGCUGCACAGGAACAGCAGCCCUCUGAUGAGUUUCGGGGCCAGUUUUGUAAGUUUUCUGACCGCUAUGAUGACGUUCGAGGAGGAGAAGAUGCAAACGGCCUACGACGACCUCAAAGCCACAGAGCGACUGUGUGAGAGGGAAAACAUUGGUGUCAUUGAGACCCUUAAAAACAAGAUCAAGAGGAGCACGGACUCUCAGCGGUGUGGGCUGGCUGCAGUGGACCGACUCCAGAGGCAGAUCAUCGUUGCCGACUGCCAGGUCUACCUCGCCGUGCUGGCUUUCAUCAAGCAAGAGCUGUCAUCCUACAUCAAAGGAGGCUGGGUCCUCCGUAAGGCCUGGAAGAUGUACAACAAAUGCUACAGCGACAUCACGCACCUGCAGGAGGGCAGAAGGAGGCGAGCCUCUGAGCAGCGAGCCGCGCCGCCCCCCUCCGACGCGUCCAAGCGCUCCUCGUCUCCGUCCCCGAGGCCGGACGCCGUCGCCGGCGAGGCGCUGGACCGGCUGAAAGGCGCGGUCAGCUUCGGUUACGGCCUCUUCCACCUCUGCAUCUCCAUGGUGCCGCCGCACCUGCUCAAGAUCGUCAAUCUGCUGGGCUUCCCUGGCGACCGCCUCCAAGGCCUGUCGGCGCUCGAGUGCGCCAGUGAAAGUAAGGACAUGAAGGCCCCCUUAGCUACGCUGGCCCUCUUGUGGUAUCACACAGUAGUGCAGCCCUUCUUCGCCCUGGAUGGCGCGGACACGCAGACGGGCCUGAUGGAGGCCAAGUGCAUUCUGCGACAAAGGGAGGCCAUCUACCCGAACUCCUCCCUCUUCAUGUUCUUCAAAGGCAGAGUCCAACGCCUCGAGUGCCAGAUCAGUAGUGCCUUGACGUCCUUCCGUGAUGCCUUAGAGCUCGCCUCUGGCCAGAGGGAGAUUCAGCACGUGUGUUUGUACGAAAUAGGUUGGUGCAGCAUGAUCGAACUGAACUGCGGAGAAGCUUACAGGGCCUUUGACCGCCUGAAGACGGAGUCCCGUUGGUCCCAGUGCUAUUACGCCUAUUUAACCGGAGUGUGCCACGGAGCCACGGGUGAGCUCGAAGGAGCCGUCGACGUUUUCAAGGAAGUCGAAACACUUUACAAACGCAAGAACAAUCAGAUAGAGUUGUUCUCCAUGAAGAGGGCUGAGAAGCUAAAGACCUCCAGUCUGUCCAAAGAGCUCUGCAUCCUGUCUGUGAUCGAGAUCCUCUACCUGUGGAAAGCGCUGCCCAACUGCUCCGCUGCCAAGCUCAAGACAAUGACACAAGUCCUGCACGGGAUUGACGAUGCCUCCUGUGCCGGCCUGAAAAACCUGCUCCUUGGUGCCAUAAGCGGAUGUCUUAAUAACACCAACGAUGCCAUUCAGUUUUUCCAUCUGGCGGCGAGAGACGAGGUUGGUCACCUGAGCAACUCUUACGUGCAGCCUUACUCCUGCUAUGAACUGGCUUGUGUCCUGCUCACCAGUCCAGAGUCUGCAGAAAAGGGCAGAAUGUUGCUGAUUCAGGCCAAGGAGGACUAUGGCGGCUAUGACUUUGAGAACAGGCUCCAUGUUCGUAUUCAUUCAGCUCUCGCUUCAAUUAGUGCCGCUGCAGCCCCGACUUGACGGUUCGUCUGCACCCCAGAAAGGACGGGAAGGAAAGUCUGCUGAAAAGACAAAAGCCACAUUGCCAUUCAGGUCACCAGUGAAACACUGUUUUAUUUGAUUUUUUAUUUCAAUACAUAAUUUUAAUGUACAAUAUACAUAUGGGAGAGCAGUUAAGUGAUGUUUUAUUUAUUUGCAAUUAAUACAUUGGGUAUUUAUUGCUCAUAUGUUCAAUUUCCAAACUAAAAUCCGAUCAAAUGAGUUGUAAAUGAUCAGUUAUACUGCUUCCGUAAAGGGAACUAUGUGUUUUUUACAGUAAAAGCACACAUCCUGUAUUAACUGACGUAACAGUUAAAAUGAAUGACUUUAAUGUAAAAGCUUUGCUAGUCCAUAGGCAUGAGGGCUAGCCCAUAUUUUUAAGCAGAAUUGUGUUGCACAGUUUUACUAUAUAAUAAUCAUAUUGUGAGCAGCCUGCUCGUGUUUGUUUUUAAGACAAUAAAAUUAAUAUAGUAAAA